GUGGCAAUGGUACACGGAAGGAACAAGGCGAUAGCGGUUUUUAUGAUAGAGGCAGUACAACUAGUACGCAUUAUAUCAACAUUUCUUCAGCUCUUUCGCGUGUACUUAACAAGCGUUCUCUAAGCAACAGCAAGAGGCUCGCCACCCUUAGCACGAACGCCGCAUUUUGGAAUCAGAAGGCAUGACCGGUGUUCACCGUUGACAAGACACUUGGCGGACAUUAAGCGCAGUCGCCUAACAACGGACGACGAUGUCACUUUGCACAUUAAGAGUUGCGCUUCGUCAGGG